AUAUCAAGCUGUACCUCAUGCAGAUUAAAUAAGUAUUAGAGGUUUAUGUCUGAAUUGUAUUGAAAAUGGCCAAAUGCAAACCUUUAAAAUUGCUUAGAACUAUAAAUGUGAGUGGUGAACAUGGAGAGGUAUCUGAAGAGACCUUUUCCAUCUCAAGUGAAAUGAUUUGAUGUCAAUCUUUAGCCAGUCUUUAUUACACAGACCAAAGGUCCAUCACAUUCUGUUUCUCAACAAUACACACCAGCUCAGUGGUAAGUCACUCUUUCACAUCUAAGACAUUCAUGACACAAACGUUUUUUAUAGAAAACAGAUCACAUAAAGAAUUGGUCAUCAUCACUGUUUAAUGGAAAUGGUUAACAGAUUUAAUUUAUAUGUUCUCUACAAGCUUACGGUUUAAACUCAAUAAAUAAAAUCCUCUACACUUUAAUGAUCAUGGUUCUUAGCUAACCGCUGUACUCCUAAAUGUAAAUGUAAGGAUUAUCCCCAAAAUCCUAAAUAAUCAGGAGUCAUAACUUGUACUCCAGGAAAGGAUCAGUGUUAAGUGUUAGGGCAGGGAAACAAGCUUCGAAGAACACUGGCAGACUUUGUGCUUCAAGUCAGCGGGGCAGACCAUGAUCUGUUUUGUGUGCGAUGCUAGAUAACAUACUUUAAAAGAGAGAGAGAGAGCAGCAAAUACAUGCAGUGAGACACGGGACGACAGCAUGCUGACACAAAGACACUCUUGUGUAAUUCUCAUGACAACAGCUCGCGACACAGAUAUCUAGUGAGAAUUCUUUCUUCUCUUAUGGACAGAAGGCUGAAGUAAUUAGCACAGGUAACAGAUGAUGGCCAGUGGACAGCUGUGGAUAGCGGCUGUGUUUCUGACCUCAGGGCUGAACGCACAGCUGGUGAAUAUGAACAAUGCAUCUCUGACAAAAAUUCCUAUCAACCGAUCUUCAGAGCUCACAGAACUUCUGCUGAGCAAUAACUCAAUUGUGAUGUCGAUCUCGGAUGUAAAGGCUUUAGAGAGGUAUACCAGGCUGAAGGUGCUCGAUCUUUCUUACAACCUCAUAGAGAUAUUGCCUUCAACAGCUUUUGACAGCCUUAUGAACCUGGAGGUUCUUAAUCUGAGGGCAAACAGACUACAUUCUCUCCCCGACGACAUCUUUAAAGGACUUUCUAAUCUAAAGACUUUGGUCUUGGAGGACAACCCAUGGAACUGUUCGUGCCCCCUCAUGACUCUCAUCAAAUAUCUGAAUGACUCUGGUGUAGCAAUCGGCAGACAAGUAACCUGUGACACCCCGGAGACGCUGGCGGGUAAAAGAGUCCUGGAUGAAGAAUCAUUGGGCUCGAUUCAGUCCAGAUCUAAAGCCAAAAUGAUCAAACGUGCAUCAACACUGACAGCACUGCCUACAAACACCAUUCAUGUUAACGGCUCUGGCGAAGAGUUCACUGCGAGUGGCGGCACUGCUGGGGUGUCGACUGGAACCAACAGUUGGAAGUUUCUGCUUGGGGUGCUAGUUAUAACCAUUAGCACUUCAAUGCUGAUCGUAUGUGCUGUCAAGUCACCAUCUUGGUACAAACUUCUCUUCAAUUAUCGCCAUCAGAGACUCCGUGAGGAGGCAGAGCCCAAAGUCCCCAACACCGGACGCUAUUCCAACUUCAGUCUGGACACAGAACAGACGGAGACAAGCAUACAGGAGCUGGACGAGAGCACGGAGCACGGGCUGAGCUUGCAGUCUUUGGAGGAUGAUGACGGCUUUAUAGAGGACGGCUACAUCGAGACACACGAUAACCAAACCCUGGAAUGAAACCAACGUGUGGAAAAAUGAUCUGGUAACACUGUGAGCUCUUGCCUGAUCAAACCAACAACAAAGUUAAAAACAGGAAAUCGAAGCAAAAUUAAGCAUCCUUCAUCCCUAAUGCAUACAACAUUUUUGUCCCAGGUCUAAACCCAGUAUUUAAAAGAAAAGUAUUUAAAUGGCUUAAAAAGCGGUUAGCUACAGAUGAGCUCUGGCGUGCCUGCAUUGGUACACUAGAACAGUUUUCCUCUUGUCUUUUUUUGGAUCCGAAGAUUUAAAAACAUCAGCUGAUGACCCAUUUUACAGGAACUACACAACACUGACAUGCCCAAAAAGCUUAACUCAUGACAUAACAACGCACUUACUGU